CCUUUUCCGCAUUGCUGAUGAACCAGAAGACGUAAACAUGUCUCCGGCCCUCGGUCGCUUGGUUUCCCGGCUGUCGGCCCUCGGACCGGCCCGCGCCCCGCUGACCCGCAGCCUGGGGCCGGGCAGGGCGGUGACACUGUGCCGGACGGCCGUGUGCUCAUCGUCCGGAGCCAUCCUGCCCAGACCCAGGAAGACCCCCUUCGGCCUUGUCCGGAUUGCUCUGGUAGUGGUGCCCUUCUUGUAUGUGGGGACUCAGAUCAGCAAGAACUUUGCUGCGCUGCUGGAGGAGCACGACAUCUUUGUGCCCGAGGACGAUGACGAUGAUGACUGAGGGGUCUGUUGGCUUCCUGGUUAUCAGAUCAUGUUGCGUCACUACUACUGGGAGGAGUCUGAGCCUGUGAGCAGAUAAAUGCCUUCCUCUGCUGUGUUGUCAAGUCUCUUCAGUCUGCACUGCGUUCAGGGCUUCAUGCUGUUAUCGACACCGGGAAUGAGCUAAACUGGUCAAAGCGUACUGUAUUUGCAUGCACUACUUUAGUUCUAAUAAAAGAAAUGACAGUUUAAGUGGAUGUCAUCUGUGCACUCAAACAUCCCACAGUCAGUCAUAGGAAUUUGAAUGCUGCCCCUUUAAGUUUAUUCCUACAGAGAUAUGAUUGGGAAUAAAAGACAAACCUUCAGCCAUG